GCCGGGGUGUGAGCGUCACCGCCUGCCUUCAGCAUCGGGACCUCGCGCUCCCUGUCGGGACAACUCAGAGAACUACCCGAAGUAUUUUUGAUGAGGGUUCUAACAGUUUCUCUGCUUUUACCUUUUUGCCCAGGCACACUGCAGAGACGUCCCCUUGUCCUUCAUGAACACUCGAGUGGUAGACAGGUGACUGUCCUCCACCCCAUGCUGCUCUAGGUGCCCCGCCGGGGAGCCGUCCAGGAGGGAAGGAUGGACUCCAAAGACGACAGCUCGCACGUGUGGCCUGCGUCUGCGGACCACGAAGAGAACGCUGCCCAGGUACAUUUUGUUCCAGACGCUGGAACUGUGGCUCAGAUCGUCUACACCGAUGACCAGGUUCGCCCGCCGCAGCAGGUGGUGUAUACGGCAGAUGGUGCCUCCUACACUUCAGUGGACGGCCCGGAGCACACGCUGGUGUACAUCCAUCCUGUGGAAGCCGCUCAGACUCUGUUUACAGACCCAGGCCAGGUAGCUUAUGUCCAACAGGAUGCUCCGGCUCAGCAGGCCUCACUGCCGGUGCACAACCAGGUGCUGCCUUCGGUUGGGGGUGCAGAUGACGCGGACCCGCUGGCCACUCUGCAGACCCCUAUGGGGGGGCUGGAGGCCAAGGAGGACUCCGAGGAGGACUCGGAGGAAGACUCGGAGGAGGAGGAGGAGGGCGAGGACACCGACCUGGGUGACUGGGAGCCCGACCCACCCCGGCCCUUCGACCCGCACGACUUAUGGUGUGAGGAGUGUAACAACGCACACUCUUCAGUGUGCCCAAAGCAUGGCCCCCUGCACCCCAUCCCCAACCGCCCCGUGCUCACCAGAGCCAGAGCCAGCCUGCCCCUGGUCCUCUACAUUGAUCGGUUCCUUGGAGGCGUGUUCUCCAAAAGGCGCAUCCCUAAGCGCACCCAGUUUGGCCCCGUGGAGGGACCACUCGUCAGGGAGUCCGAACUGAAAGACUGUUACAUUCAUCUAAAGGUUUCCCUUGAUAAAGGGGACAGAAAAGACAGGGACUUGCAUGAAGACCUAUGGUUCGAGUUGUCUGAUGAGACGCUUUGUAACUGGAUGAUGUUCGUACGCCCGGCCCAGAACCACCUGGAGCAGAACCUGGUGGCUUACCAGUAUGGCCACCACGUGUAUUAUACAACAAUAAAGAAUGUGGAACCCAAGCAGGAACUGAAGGUGUGGUACGCCGCGUCCUACGCCGAGUUUGUGAACCAGAAAAUCCAUGACAUUUCUGAGGAAGAAAGGAAAGUUCUUCGAGAGCAAGAGAAGAAUUGGCCCUGCUAUGAAUGUAACCGCCGAUUUAUAAGCUCGGAGCAGUUGCAACAGCAUCUUAAUUCUCACGAUGAGAAACUGGAUGUGUUUAGCAGAACAAGAUGCAGAGGCAGGGGACGAGGCAAGAGGCGGUUUGGCCCAGGUCGACGGCCAGGGCGUCCUCCAAAAUUUAUCCGCUUGGAAAUCACCAGUGAAAAUGGAGAAAAGUGUGAUGAUGGGACACAGGACUUGCUACAGUUUUCCCCCAAGGAACAGUUUGAUGAGGCUGAGCCAGCUGCUCUGAAUGGGCUGGAUCAGCCAGAACCGACGGCUCUCCCGAUCCCUCAGCUGCCCCAGGAAGCCCCGUCUUCCCUGGAGCACGAGCCAGAAGCCCACAGCUUGCACCUGCAGCCCCAGCACGAGGAGAGCGUGCUGCCCACGCAGAGCACCCUGACCGCGGACGACAUGCGCAGGGCCAAACGCAUCCGAAACGCGGCCCUUCAGCACCUGUUCAUCCGGAAGUCCUUCCGGCCCUUCAAGUGCCUGCAGUGCGGGAAGGCCUUCCGGGAGAAGGAGAAGCUGGACCAGCACCUGCGCUUCCACGGGCGCGAGGGCAGCUGCCCGCUCACCUGCGACCUGUGCAACAAGGGCUUCCUCAGCAGCGCCUCCUUGGAGAGCCACAUGAAGCUGCACUCGGACCAGAAGACCUACUCCUGCAUUUUCUGCCCGGAAUCCUUCGACCGCCUGGACCUGCUGAAGGACCACGUGGCCGUCCACAUCCACGACGGCUACUUCACCUGCCCCACCUGUAAGAAGCGCUUCCCCGAUUUCAUCCAGGUGAAAAAACACGUGCGAAGCUUCCACUCAGAAAAGAUCUACCAGUGCACAGAAUGCGACAAGGCCUUCUGCCGUCCUGACAAGCUGCGGCUGCACAUGCUCCGACACUCAGACCGCAAAGACUUCCUGUGUUCCACGUGUGGGAAGCAGUUUAAGCGAAAAGACAAACUGCGGGAACAUAUGCAGAGGAUGCAUAAUCCUGAGAGGGAGGCCAAGAAAGCCGACCGCAUCAGCCGCUCCAAGACGUUCAAGCCUCGCAUCACAUCCACCGACUACGACAGCUUCACGUUCAAGUGCCGCCUGUGCAUGAUGGGCUUCCGGAGACGGGGCAUGCUGGUAAAUCACUUAUCAAAGAGGCACCCAGACAUGAAGAUAGAGGAGGUGCCCGAGCUAACCCUGCCCAUCAUCAAGCCCAACCGCGAUUACUUUUGCCAGUAUUGCGAUAAGGUUUAUAAAAGUGCCAGCAAGCGGAAGGCCCACAUUCUGAAGAACCAUCCCGGGGCUGAGCUCCCGCCAAGCAUUCGGAAGCUUCGCCCUGCGGGCCCUGGAGAACCAGACCCCAUGCUGAGCACCCACACCCAGCUCACAGGCACAAUAGCCACCCCUCCUGUCUGCUGCCCCCACUGCUCCAAACAGUACAGCAGCAAGACCAAGAUGGUACAACACAUUCGAAAGAAGCAUCCGGAGUAUGCCCAGCUCCCUAACACCCUGCACACACCGCUGACCACAGCUGUGAUCAGCACUGCUCCGGCCGUUCUAACUACCGACAGUGCUACUGGGGAGACCGUGGUGACAACAGACCUGCUAACCCAGGCGAUGACAGAACUGUCCCAGACCUUAACGACAGAUUACCGAACGCCACAAGGGGACUACCAGAGGAUUCAGUACAUCCCCGUGUCACAGUCUGCGCCUGGUCUGCAGCAGCCUCAGCACAUACAGCUUCAAGUGGUGCAAGUGGCCCCGGCCACCUCCCCUCACCAGGCUCAGCAGUCCACAGUGGACGUGGGCCAGCUCCAUGACCCGCAGACCUACACCCAGCAUGCCAUCCAGGUGCAGCACAUCCAGGUCACCGAGCCUGCCACCGCGGCCCCACCGUCCUCCCAGGUAGCAGGGCAGCCACUGAGCCCCUCCUCCCAGCAGUCUCAGCAGGGGCUCAGCCCCUCCCACAUACAAGGCAGUUCUGCACAAGGCCAGGCUCUCCAGCAGCAGCAGCAGAGCUCCUCUGUGCAACACACAUACCUACCCAACACCUGGAAUUCCUUCCGUGGCUAUUCAUCUGAGAUUCAAAUGAUGACGCUUCCCCCAGGACAGUUUGUGAUUACAGAUAGUGGUGUGGCAACUCCAGUCACAACUGGCCAAGUGAAGGCGGUUACUCCGGGUCAUUAUGUGUUAUCAGAAAGUCAACCAGAAUUGGAGGAAAAGCAAGCUUCUGCCCUCUCUGGGGGAGUCCAGGUUCAGCCAACUCCGCACAGUGACUUGGACGCCCAGACCGCCAGCCAGCAGCAGCCCACGCAGUACAUCAUUACAACCACCACCAACGGGAAUGGGAGCAGGGAAGUGCACAUCACUAAACCGUAACUUCCACCCUUGAGCUAGAGUCAAGCAGUCACAUCAUGUCUUUUCUCAUUCAUAAAUCGGAAAGCUUCUGACACAACUUUUUAAAGAUUUGUCAUUCACUCAAGAGCUUGGAGGUUCCAGUCUUGACACUCAUACAACUACCGGGGCUUGUUUUAUCAAGGUCACCUUCACCAGAUUGACUCUUCGCGCCUCAGGCGUUGCUGUUGUGGCAUGGGGAUCUUCCAGUGGCAAGUAGAGUUCAAGAUGCAGAAACUUUGCCUUGCUCUUGAGUUAGUUUUUUUAACACGUUGAUAAUAAGCCUUACUUUUCCUUUGUGGAACUAUUAAGUGGUGUAUUGUGUCUGUACCAAAGGUGGAGAAAGGAUGUGACAAGUCCACGGCCACUGGACUUCAUUCCAAGCCGUGGGACCGAAAGGGAAGGCGCAUUUUAUGUGCACGAGUUAGAUCAGAACUGCUUCAUCUUUUUAGUUUUCAGUAACUUAACAAAGGGAGCCUAUUGAAUAUGGAAAUAACAAUUAUGAAGCAAAGGGUGACAGUGGUGUUCUGAAGGAAACACUGUCAUCUAAAUUUUUUUUAUUGCUGAUUAAAAAGAACUCUUGCCUUUUUGGGAAAAUCAUUGUUGGGCUAUUGCUAGUAUUUUCCACAGAUUCUGCCCUCAGCAGAUUAGGCCAGAAGACCAUGCUCUGCUAGAUCUUACUUUAUUAUUCCACAACGGUGGAUGCCCUGCAAGAGAAAAGGUUGCUUGAUGUCAGCAGGAAUUAAACUCCUGCAUUAAAGGGUUGCCACCCAUUCUCUGAUGUGGUUGCAAUAAGGAGAUAUUGGAGAUACCAGUACCAAGUAAAAUUACCGAGACAAUAUUUGUAUAUAAGGUAAAAAGCACUGAACCCUUGUCCUGCCUUGCAGGGUCCAUACCAUUCAUUAGUUAAGGAUGAAUCCUUUCUCUUCCCAGGUGUACACUCAGCCCUCGACCACAGCAUUCAGUGUAUUUUAGAAUUUCUAAUGCUUUCUUAAAAUGAACAUUCUUUGAGGUUGGAUGGAAAGGUGGCCCUCCUUAUUUCUUACCACUUUUAACUUAAACAUACAACAACUCACCUGGACCCUUUGGUAUGACCAACUUCACACUUAGGGGAAAAAUAAGAACGUGGGGACCAUUUAUAAUACAUUAAGGCAGUGAUUUUCAACAUUUUUCAUCUCAUAGCACACAUUAACUAAAUUACUAAAAUUCUGUGGCACACCAA